CACACACUCACUUCAAUAACCGGAAACUACAUUUAGCAAGAAUUGAGAAUUGAGAAUUGAGAGAAGCAAAGCAAAGAUGUUACCUCCCAUGGCUGACAUAAUGACCAAAAUGAGCUCUGCGAUUGGAGGCCUACUCAUCGCUUAUGCCAUGUUCCAGAACUAUUUCCCUUACGAACUUCGUGGUCCCAUCAAACGCUACACCCAAAAAUUCAUCAGUUUUCUCUACCCAUACAUCCAGAUCACCUUCCCCGAGUACCACGGCGAUGGUUUCGAGCGCAGCAAAGCCUACGCCGCCAUCCAGAGGUAUCUGAAUGCUAAUUCCACCAAACACGCUAAGCGCCUCCAGGCCAACAUGGUCCGUGACACCGAGUCCAUCGUGCUUAGCAUGGCCGACCACGAAGAGGUCACCGACGAAUACGAGGGCAUCAAGCUAUGGUGGGCUUCCAGCCAAACCACCCCUAAUCGACAGUCAAUCUCCUUCUAUCCCAGAGAAGAUGAGAAGAGGUACUUCGAGCUCACUUUCCACAAAAGAUAUCGAGAUUUGAUCACCAACAACUACUUGAAGCACGUUCUUGACCAAGGAAAGGCCAUCACCGUGAGGGAAAGGCAGAGAAAACUCUACACCAAUAACAAGAGCGAAAGCUGGUACGGUUACCGCCGGAGUAUGUGGAACCAUGUGAUCUUCGAGCAUCCUGCAAGCUUCGACACUUUAGCCAUGGACCCCCAAAAGAAGCAAGAAAUCGUCGAUGAUCUCAUUAACUUCACCAACUCCAAGGAUUACUACGCUAAGAUUGGCAAGGCCUGGAAGCGUGGAUACCUCCUCUCCGGCCCUCCUGGAACAGGCAAGUCCACCAUGAUCGCAGCCAUGGCUAAUCUCUUGAAGUACGACGUCUACGACCUGGAGCUGACGGCGGUUAAGGACAACACGGAGUUGAGGAAAUUGCUGAUAGACAUUGCCAGCAAGUCCAUUAUUGUGAUAGAGGACAUUGAUUGCUCGUUGGACCUGACGGGGCAAAGGGAGAAGAAAAAGGCGGACAAGAAGGAAGGGGAUCAAAAUGGUAAGAAGAAAGAUGAAGAGAAGGAUGAGGUUAAGGAGAAACUGAAGAAAUUGGAGGAGGAGAAGAAUAAGACAAGCCAGGUUACGUUGUCGGGGCUUCUCAACUUCAUCGACGGGCUCUGGUCGGCCUGUGGGAGUGAAAGACUCAUCGUUUUCACGACCAACUAUUUUGAGAAACUCGAUCGUGCUCUCAUUCGAAGAGGGAGGAUGGACAUGCACAUAGAGCUGUCCUACUGUGGAUUCGAAGCGUUCAAGUUCUUAGCCAAGAACUAUUUGGACAUUGACUCACACGAGCUGUUUGCGACGGUGAAGCAACAGUUGGAGGAGACGAAAAUGACUCCGGCUGAUGUUGCUGAGAAUUUGAUGCCUAAAUCGGGCAGCGACGAUGCGGAGACUUGUCUGAGGAGACUGAUGAAAGCCCUGGAAAAGGCAAAGGAAGAAGAGAAGCGAAAGGCAGAGGAAGAAGAGAAGCGAAAGGCGGAGGAAGAAGAGAAGCAGAAGGAGGGUGAAGAAGAAAGGAAGAAAAAAGAGAUGGAAAAUGGUAAACAUGAAAAAUUGGAGAAUGAAGUGAAAGAAAAUGGUGAAGCAAAUAAGGGUAGUGAUGAGGGUGAGAAUUUGGAGGAUGGGGGGAUAGAAAAUGGCAAAUGAUGAUCAUAACAUAAUUAAUGCUAUCUAUUACUACUGUUUAUUCAUGGUAUAUACUCUAAUAUUUGUACGAAUAAAAGAAUUGAUGAUGUGAAAAUUAUAUUUGUAUUGAUUUGAUUAGGUGAAUUAAUUGUUAGGUAUAGUUUGCAGGUGAGAUGAAUUAAAGUGUCCACUCUUAAUUUGUGAUGAUGA